UAGACUUAAACUAAGCGUGAAGGGCGUGUAGUAGAUAACCGCAGAGUGAGUAUGACUUUUGUGUGACUAGAAAGAAGUCGAGCACAGGAAAGCGACAUGAUCUGACCUGGAUAUUAUAAUUUCAAUUCAAUUCAAUUUCAACCCCCCUUCUCUCUCUCUCUCUCUCUCUCUCUCUCUCUCUCUCUCUCAUUUUUAUAAAAUCAAUUUUAAAAUAAAAAAUCAUCAUCUACAACACUCUGAAUCUUUCUUUCGGAUCUUGUUGCUUCGAUCCUCACUUUCUCAGAUCUCAAUCAUCAAACUAUGCUUUUCUUCUUUUGAUACUUCAGUAACUUGGUUUGAACCAUGGAUCCGACUGAUUUUUCACUUCAAGAUGGAUUUCAAGUAGUAAACCAAAAUGGUGUACAUCAACAACAACAACCACUAUUUGAUUCUGAAAAGGAUGCUGUUCAUUCUUUAGUGUCCAAUGGAAAUUUUGAUGAUAGUUUGUCUAUGGAAGAAAUUAAAGAAGGAUCCAACGCUAAAAUAGAGGGAAACAAUGUUAAUGUUUCUAAGGAAGAGGAAGUGGGAAUUGUAGUUGAAACGGAUAAAUCUAGAACACGAAAGGGUGUUGUUAAGAAUAAGAAUGUGAAACUGCCAAGUCCUAAAGGUGUUCAUACAAGUUCGGUAAGAAAUAACAAAGACGGGAAAGAUAAAGAGGCGACAGCAGCAGCAGCAGCAGCAGCAGCAUCUGUUUCAAAUGGUACUUCCACUUUAGACUCUCAUCUUAGACAGCCGAUUAAGAACAAAGCAGUUAAUGACAAGCAGACUCGGUUGUCCAAGCAUCCUGGAAAGUCUGAUGCAGCAUCUUCUGAAGCACCAACGGAGAAGACUAGACCGCGAUUAGUAAAGAAAGAACCCCUUGAUAAUAUUCCAGGAAAAGCUGAAUCAUCUUCUCCUACAUCAGAAGAUGCCAAACCUCGUAGAGUGGGGACAAUGCCAACUUAUGGAUUCAGUUUCAAAUGUAAUGAGCGAGCUGAGAGAAGAAAAGAGUUUUACUCUAAGCUCGAAGAAAGGAUUCAUGCAAAGGAAGUUGAGGAGAGCAACCUGCAAGCAAAAACCAAGGAGAGCCAAGAAGCUGAGAUUAAGAGGCUUAGGAAAAAACUAGCAUUUAAAGCAACUCCAAUGCCAAGCUUCUACCAGGAGCCUCCUCCUUCUAGGGUGGAGUUGAAGAAGAUACCAACGACAAGAGCAAAAUCUCCCAAGCUUGGUCGUAAGAAGAGUUCAACAUCUUCAGAGCCAGAAGGACGCAGCGACAGCAGUGUUCUACAAUGUCGUUUAAGUCUGGAUGAGAAAGUGUCUCAGAAUAACACCAUUAAAGGAAUUAGUCCUGUUCAUUCAAAGAAGCCGCAACGAAGAUCUCUCCCUCCUCGACUGACUCCUGAAAAGAUCAGUUCGUCCAAUUCAGCAACUGCACGGACUUCGUCUAAGGCGGUGAAUAAUGAGAAAACCUCCGUAUCUAGUGUAACAACUGAAGUUACCACCUUGUCUAUUGCAACAAGGGAAGAGAAAGCUGAAGCUAUUGAGGAGAACAAUGCCUUGUCUGAUGAGACAAGUGAAACUCCGUCUCUGAACAUAGAUUCAGGUGAAGUAGAAUCCCAUGUGAAUGGUGAUAUAGUCAUUGAAGACAAACCACGGCGCACCUUGGUACAAGAACCUAUAGCAGCAGAGUAUUAAACAAGCAGCAGCAGCAGCAGCAGGAAUAUAGCCAGCCCAGGUGUUACUAUCAGAAUUAUUGAUUCAUCACGUGAAAUAUUAUAGAAUCAUAUGAUUGAGAUUAUUUGACAAUGAAGGCUUGCAUAUUUGCAUUAUAUGGUUUGUGAUGUCAUUUUGUCCAAGCGCCAUUGUUUCUUUUGUGUUUACUCCAAAAGCUUGCUGGUUUUGUCCUUAUGAUUCUGUCUCCUCCUUGCAGCAUUGUAUGUAAUAAUGUAACCAUUUGUCAAGUUGUUCUAGUUGAUGUUAAUUUGGCUUCUAACACUUGUGUCUGUUUGGUUGACAUGUCAGCGAAAAUUUUGAGAAUGUUUGCCAUCAGUGGUUCCAUUACAUUUUGUUUAGGCCUUGCUCUGUUAAACAGUUGGCAUUGUCACAUGAAAUUAGCUGUUUGUGCUGUGAACACCACUCUGAUUAGUCAUAUUACAGCUAUGCUUUGUUAUGCAACAGAUUUUGUAGUCACUGUCUCAAUUGAUUUUCAACUCCUACUUGCCAAAUGCA